UACUUCAAUGUGUGACCGUUUGCAAUUUUCACCCACAAACAGUUGGAUUUGUAUAUGAGCUACACUUAUCAGAAACACAAUCUGAUCCACUAAACGUCUGUAUUUUGCACUGAUACUGUAACCAGUGACAGCAGAGGAGCAGCAGCGGUCGCUCUGACCUCGUCUGUGUGUUUGCCUCACAAGCGGAUCACAGAGUCACACACAAUGGCGACGCUCACGACGUCAAGCAAACGACCGUACCAUAUCAUAGUGUUCGGAGCGACAGGUUUUACCGGUCAGCUUGUAGUGGAGGAGGUUGCACGGACGUGUACCGAGGGUCCAGGAGGGACGUUACAGUGGGCUGUAGCCGGACGAAACCGCGACCGACUGGAAAAAACACUCAUUCAGGCAGCUGACGCUCUGUGUAAACCAGAGCUGAAGUGUGUAGAGGUUAUUGUAGCAGAUGUAGCCGAGCCAGAGUCGUUGGCCAUCAUGUGCAAACAAGGCGUCAUUGUGCUCAACUGCGUGGGACCAUACAGAUUCUAUGGAGAGCCUGUGGUGAAGGCCUGCAUAGAGAAUGGCGCCCACUGCAUCGACAUCUGUGGAGAACCACAGUUUUUAGAGGGGAUACAGCUGAACUACCACAGUAAAGCUCAGGAGAAUGGUGUGUAUAUCAUUGGAAGCUGUGGGUUUGAUUCAAUACCAGCAGAUAUGGGCAUCCUUUAUACACAGGAUCGCUUCAAAGGAACGCUCACUGCUGUGGAGAGCUUUUUAACCGUCAACACGGGACCUGAGGGAGGAUGUGGCCAUGAUGCAACGUGGCAGUCGGCCAUCUUUGGCUUUGCUGACAGUGCCAGUCUCAGAAGAAUAAGGAAGAAGUUUGGGCACAAACCUCUGCCGGUUGUCGGCACUAGAAUUAAAAAGAGGGGAGCUUUGUUCUUCAGUAAGGAGAUUGAGCAGUAUGUCAUUCCCUUCAUGGGUUCAGAUCCAUCCGUGGUGCGACGGACUCAGCGCUAUAUGCACGAAGAACAUAAACACAGCCCUGUUCAGUACAUGGCAUAUGUAGGUAUCGGUGGUCUCUUCUCCAUGCUGAAGACCCUCUUUGCAGGUGUGCUCUUCUGGUUCAUGGUCAAAUUUAGUUUCGGCAGGGGAUUGCUUACUCAGUUUCCAGAAUUUUUCUCAUUUGGUGUUUUCUCCAAGACCGGACCAACAAGAAAGCAGAUGGAUGGAACAUCUUUCUGCCUGAAGUUUAUGGGGGAGGGCUACACAACCGGUCAGGACCCCUCUCAGGGCAAGCCAAAUGCCACAAUCAGCACUGAAAUAACAGGACCAGAGCCAGGAUACAUCGCAACACCAAUUACCAUGGUGCAGGCAGCUAUUACGCUGCUUAACGAACCUCACUGUCUCCCUAACAACGGUGGCGUGUACACUCCAGGGUCAGCGUUUGCAAGAACCACCCUAAUCGACCGUCUGAACAAACAUGGAAUCCAUUUCUCACUGAAGAACAUACAAUAGACAUAAAUACUCAGAGUAAACAAAACGACAACAACAGAACCAAAGGCACCCGUGAUCUGAGUCUGUGCGGUUCAUGAUGCUGCACAAGCACACAAAUACAGAAAGCAAAAGAAUCUCCCAAGAUCAUGUCUUUUGGACAUAAACACUUUGAAAUAUACUGUUUACAAUGCCAGGAUAUCGCCACUUCAAAAAUGAAAGGUAAGCUAACCUGUUAGUGGAAAAUCUAGAGAGAGAAUAGAGAGUUUGCACUUACACCAUGGUUUGGUCAGUUACCUGGAUGCGUGGCCAUAUUGGAGAUACUCGGAUGUAAACAACAGCAUGGAUUGGACGAUUAAUGUACUACUGAAUAUGUUGUUCUGCUAAUUUAUGCUGUCUAAACCACGUGAAAAACAUGUGGAAGCUGCUAAAUUGUAUAGAGAAGGGCUUACUAAGCAGGAAACGACAAAAUAUUUUGACAAACUACAGUUAAUUGGUAAAGAUAUGUAUGAGCGGUAUUAAUUAAGAUAUUAGCCUAUCACCUACCUGACCGGAAAUUAUAAGAACACGAAUGUUGUCAAGAUUCGUGCCCUGGAAAUCCUGGUUCAGUCUGGCCAAACACAAACGCAUUUUGUUCCUCAGACAGUUUUUGCACUCUUCUCCUUGAUUUGUUAUAACUGUUGGCAGCCUGUAGUACUUUAAAUGUUUUUCCCGGUCUGACCGAUUAGUACAGCCCAAUACAUGACAAUAAUUGACCAUUUUCAGCAGCAAUAAUCAGCAAAAUAUGCGAGUUUCGUUCGAGUCAGUGGCAUUGUUUAUAUUCACUGCUGCCAAUAUGGCCGAUUGAUGACAUGUCAUAAAAACACUCUAUAAUGCAGAAAACAGAAUGGGUCUACAUUUGUAUAGAAACUUAGCUUAAGUCUGAAGCUAAAUUACAAUAAUUAUACAUGAGUAUUCUCAUGUUUUGUCAUCAAACUUUAAAUUCGCUUCAUUCACACCAUAGUGUUUUAUUGUCAAAUAUCCUCUUUAUCCAUUAGUGAUGUUUCUCUUGAACCCAAAAUUCAAGAUUUGUUUGCAAAAUGACUAUAGUAUGAGUUUGUUUUUAUAUUUAUAACAUACAGUAGAUAUAAUAUCAGCGCAGCUGCCAACAGUUCAGUUCAGCCGCAGCGUCUGCAAUGUUUUGAGCGAAUCGGUUGAGUGAUUCAGUGACUCAUUCUUGCUUAGUUCCUUAAUGAAUCAGCUGUUUUGAAGGAAGUAGUUGAAUGAACGCUUGACGUGAUUUUCCACCACCUACUGGUGGUUUUAAUUUCAUAAUUAGAAGUAUAAUUUAAUUUCGUAUUACUAUUUUCAAAAUAGUUUUAAUGUAUAACUAAGAGACAUUUCUGAGGUAAAAAUAAAUAAGGUUGUGGCAAAAAUAAAAUGUACUUGUUUGGUAUUGUGACUUGACUUGUUUGAGGUAAGCCAGUGACUUGACUCAAUUUACUUGGUUUGUUUGCACUGGGACUUGACUUACUUAAAACUUGGGGCCAGUUGCAUAAACUUAGCCUCUAUGUUAAGACAGUGUCUUAAGUACUAGUCUUACCAACUAGCAGUCCACCAAAGGGUAAUCAGUCUUAUGUUUUGGAUUAAACUUAGACUAAUCUACAUUCUGUAACUGAAUUUAAAACAUUAUGACCAGUCAUAAAGGAAAAAUUAGCUGCCUAACUUUUUAAGACUAGUUUAAUCUCUUUAUGUAACCGGCCCCUGAUGUUAGGGACUUGAGAUUUGCUUGAGACUUCACCAUGUAUGACUUACCCCCUACCUCUAGGCACCAUCAGAUUCACUCAGCUUAGUUCAUCUCUGUUAUGUAAAACUUUUGCAUUGACUUGUGUAGCCAAAAGGAUUGUGACGAGUGUUGUAAGUCAGAAUUUUGUUUGUGAUCCAUUAAAGGUCUCAAAUCUUGAAGUAAAUACUUCGUUUUGGACACUAAAGUCACUUCAAAAUGUUUUGGUGUCAUUGCAUUAAAUGGCUAAAUAUCAAACAAAUUGAUGCUUGGAAAAUUAUGCUAUAACCUUUCUCAGAACUAACAUCACUUUCCU